AUGGCUGGUGGAAAUAUCAAGGUGGUGGUGAGGUGUCGGCCUUUCAACGGCAGAGAAAUCGAUCGUGGGGCAAAAUGUAUCGUCCAAAUGAAAGGCGACCAGACCAUCCUUACCACACCGAACGACGCUGCGCAUUCUGGUAAAGGAUCCAAGGAUGGUGGUCCGAAGAACUUUGCCUUCGAUCGAUCCUACUGGUCAUUCAAUAAGAGCGAUCCGAACUAUGCAGGCCAAGAAAACUUGCACGAUGAUCUUGGAAAACCGCUUUUGGAUAAUGCAUUUCAGGGUUACAACAACUGUAUCUUUGCAUAUGGACAAACUGGGUCUGGAAAAUCCUACUCCAUGAUGGGAUACGGAAAGGAUUCUGGUAUCAUACCCAAGAUUUGCCAGGAUAUGUUUGGCAGGAUCAACGGGUUGCAGGAGGACAAGAAUACGAGGUGCACAGUCGAGGUGUCGUAUCUGGAGAUCUACAACGAAAAAGUCCGCGACCUGUUAAAUCCUUCGACAAAAGGCAACCUGAAAGUCAGAGAACAUCCUUCCACGGGUCCAUAUGUCGAAGAUUUGGCCAAGUUGGUGGUUGGGAGCUUCCAGGAGAUCGAGAACUUGAUGGACGAAGGCAACAAAGCAAGAACAGUUGCCGCUACAAACAUGAACGAGACAUCGAGUCGAAGUCAUGCUGUAUUCACGCUCAUUCUCACCCAGAAGUCGUUCGAUACAGACACCAAAAUGGAAAUGGAGAAGCAGGCCAAGAUCAGUCUGGUCGAUCUUGCAGGCUCAGAAAGAGCCCAAUCGACAGGUGCCACAGGAGCUCGACUCAAGGAGGGCGCUGAAAUUAAUAGAUCCCUCUCGACGCUCGGCCGUGUGAUAGCAGCAUUGGCCGACCUUUCCACGGGGAAGAAAAAGAAAGGGGCCGGCAAUACGGUCCCAUACCGAGACAGUGUCUUGACAUGGUUACUCAAGGACUCACUUGGUGGAAACAGUAUGACUGCCAUGAUUGCGGCAAUCAGUCCUGCUGACAUCAACUACGACGAAACGCUGAGUACUCUACGAUAUGCCGACUCCGCCAAGCGAAUCAAGAACCAUGCUGUCAUCAACGAGGAUGCGAACGCCCGCAUGAUUAGAGAGUUGAAGGAGGAGCUGGCACAAUUAAGAGGCAAGCUAGGUGGUGGAUCAGCCGGCGCUGCUGGUGGCCCACCCGAGGAGGUGUACGCUGAAGGUACACCACUGGAGAAGCAAAUCGUCAGUAUUACUGCAGCAGACGGAACCGUCAAGAAGGUCUCCAAGGCCGAGAUAGCGGAACAGCUCAGCCAGAGUGAGAAGCUCCUGACAGAUCUCAACCAAACGUGGGAAGAGAAGCUCCUCAAGACGGAGGAGAUCCACAAAGAGCGUGAAGCAGCUUUGGAGGAACUUGGGAUCAGUAUCGAGAAAGGAUUCGUUGGUUUGCACACGCCAAAGAAGAUGCCGCACUUGGUGAACUUAUCAGACGACCCUCUCCUUGCAGAAUGCUUGGUUUACAACCUCAAGCCUGGCAAGACCACCGUCGGCAACGUGGAUUCGAACGCGGAGCACCAGGCUAAUAUCCGGCUCAACGGGACUCGGAUUCUUCAUGAACACUGCUCGUUCGACAAUGGCGCUGACGGCGUGGUCACAAUAACACCAAGUGAGGGCGCGUCGAUCAUGGUCAACGGCAAGCGCAUUGACGAGCCGACAAGGCUGCAUUCUGGCUUUCGCGUUAUCCUGGGCGACUUCCACAUAUUCAGAUUCAACCAUCCCAUGGAAGCCAAGGCAGAGCGGGACGAGAACCGGCAGAGUCUUCUUCGGCAGUCUGUGACAGUGAGCCAGCUGCAGAAUCUGGAUCGCACAUCACCUUCUCCCCGACCGGGUCACGAACGGUCGUUUAGUAAAGCUGCCUCGGAGUUUGGAGAGGGUCGCCCAGAGUCGCCUGCACCACGUCCUGGGCGAGACUCGGACUGGUCGUUUGCGCGACGAGAAGCUGCCGGCGCUAUUCUUGGCACAGAUAAGAAUCUUCAGAGCCUGACCGACGAAGAGCUCAACGCACUCUUUGAAGACGUUCAACGGGCGAGAGCUGAGCGUGUCAACGAGCGGGACGAAGACCUGGACUCGAAUACCUCAUACCCUAUCCGAGAAAAGUAUAUGUCCACAGGUACCCUCGACAACUUUUCACUCGACACUGCUCUUACGAUGCCUUCCACUCCGAGAGCUGGUGACUCAGAUGACAAGUUCAAGGAGAUCAGGGAGGGCAUGCAGUCGCAAUUGGAUAGGCAAAGAGAGGAAUACCAGGGCCAGCUCAACAGCGCAGAAGCCUCGAACGUUGCGGUGGAAGAAAUCAAAGAGGAGAAAGCGAGGAUGGAGGAGACUAUGACACAACUGAAGGCCGACAUGCAGAAGCAGCUCGAGGUGCAGAAACAGGAAUUUGAGGCGAAAAUCGAGAAGUUGGACCCGCUCAAGAGAUCCAAGGCAAAGUCGAAGCUUUCCGAAGAGGAAAUACAGCGAGCCAAGAAAGCUGUUGAACACUGGAGGAGCCGGCACUAUGUACAGAUGGCCGAGGCCGUACUUCAGCAUGCUGCAACCUUGAAGGAGGCGCAGAUUAUGAGCGAAGAACUCGGAGAAAACGUCGUCUUCCAGUUCACUGUGGUUGACCAGGGCCAUGGACUCUGCUCAUCCUAUGACAUGGUUCUCAAUGACGUCUCAAGCGAGGAUGAUAUUGCGCUUGAGCAGGCAAAGAAGCCGUGCGUAGGGGUUCGAGUGGUCGACUACAAGAACACCGUGGUUCACCUCUGGAGUCUGGACAAGCUUCACGACCGUGUUCGACAGAUGCGCCAAAUGCAUCAGUAUCUCGACCAACCCGAGUACUGUCAGCAUUUCAAGUUGGACAACCCAUUCGUCGAGAACUGCAUGCCCGAAUACUCUCUCAUUGGUGAGGUCGAUGUUCCUCUGAGAGCGGUUUUCGACAGCCGAGUACAGGAUUUCACUCUGGAUGUUCUGUCACCCCACACCUCACAUGUCAUCGGCAUCAUCAAGGUCUCAUUAGAGCCUUCCAGUGCCCGUGCUCCUUCAAGCACACUCAAGUACAAUGUCGUCAUGCACGACAUGGUCGGGUUUGCUGAGCGGGAAGGCACAGAUGUACACGCCCAGCUUUUCAUCCCGGGCGUCUCAGAAAAUGGGGUUACUACUACUCAGAUGAUCAAGGAUUUUGACGAAGGCCCGGUACGCUUCGACAGCGUUCAUAGCAUGAGCGUCCCAUUGUUCGGUCCCCAAGAUGUCAAUCUAAGGAUCGCCCUUUAUGCCAAAGUUUCUACGAUGCAUCUCGACAAGCUCCUCAGCUGGGACGACAUGCGUGACUCUGCUCCUGGCUCUGACGCCAAGUCACAAGCCGCUCGUAUCAACGAGACACAGUUCUAUACCGCAGAAAAGCAUGAUCUGUUGGCCCGCAUCCAGAUCCUGGAAAUGAACGAGAGCGGUGAGUAUGUGCCUGUUGAGGUCACACAGACCAGUGAGUUAGACACUGGUGCUUUCCAGCUGCAUCAGGGUCUGCAGAGGCGCAUCGCGAUCAAUCUAACCCACAGCUCCGGAGAUGCAUUACCGUGGGAAGACGUCAGCUCGGUCCGAAUCGGCAAAGUCCAGCUCGUUGAUCACGCAGGGAAAGUGCCUGACAUGGGGUCCCCGACUCCUGACAUCCCUUUACGGCUUGGCUCAAAGCCUUCUUUCCGGCAAAACGCAAACGGUACGCGCAGUGUGACUAUCACAGGACACUGGGAUUCCAGCCUGCACAAUUCACUAUUGCUAGAUCGAACGACUGCGGACAAAUACAAGGUCCAGCUAACCCUGUCGUGGGACGUCACGUCAGACAAGCUUGCGGAGCCAAUGAAGUUCACCACCAACUUGCAAUGUCAAAUCCUGGGCAGGACAUACAUCCGUCAAGCUUCUAUGCUCUCGUCUCUGUGGCAGCAUGUUAGAAUCGUCCAUUCUUCAACAGCAAUCUUUACCCUGGGCAUGAAACCAGCCCCGAUCAAACGGGUUGGCGACCUAUGGAGAAUGAACAGUCAGCACGACUAUGUGAAGGGCGAGGAGAACCUGAACAACUGGAGUCCCAGAGGCGUCUCGUUGAUAGGUGACUUCAUCGCUGCAAGGAAGAAGAAGAGGCGCAUCACAGAAAUCGGAGCUGCGCAAUUGUUUCUGAAGAAGAUCGGACUUCCUGAGCCCAAGAACAAACCUGACAAUGAAGAAGAGCACUCUGAUGACGACCUUUCUCCAGUUAAAGCUCACGAUGAUGAUCAGGACUCCAUUAACGCCUUGCUCAAUGAUACCCCUGAGACGUCCAGGCCAUCUACGCCGAAACGGCCAGAUUCCGCUGAAGAGCGGAAUACCGAGUCAGUGGAGGAAGGACCGAGACCAGAAGCUACAGACAACGCAGACAACACAGAUGCCGCAGAUUCUGCAGUGCCUGUAAAGCCUACGGAGCUUGUUGAAGCUUCCGAAGCUCCCGGACCUGCCGAAGCCAACGAGUCUGCUGCUAAGCCGAGGGAGUCUGAAUACAAUGAGCAGGAGACUUUGAUUUUGACCAAGUGCGUCGACCUCUGGAAGCGACAUCCUGAUCCAGUCUACAAAAUCCUGAGCCCAACAAAUAUCUCACCUCCAACGAGCGGCAUCGCCCCGGAAUCGACGACCCCGCCUAGGUUGAUCGCUACUGUCAUUCGCGUUCCCAAGAAUCCUGCCGUACUGAAAGGUGGCUAUCUACUAUUGCCCAACAACGACUCAACCAAAUGGGUCAAGCGGUUCGUGGAACUUCGACGGCCAUAUCUACACAUCCACAAUGUUACGGACGGUGACGAAAUCGCGAUUGUCAGCCUACGCAACUCGAGGGUCGAUAGCCAGCCAGAAAUUCUGGCUCUCUUCAAUGGGCAAGAUGGGGAACAAGAUGGUGAAGCCGCAACCAACGGUAAUGGCACCUUCCAGCCAGGCCAUCGUCGAACAGCUUCAGGACGCAUCAUCUCCUCCAUCUGGUCUGGCAACCCAGGCUCAACAGGUCCUGGACUGGCCGGCUUGAGCGAACGCCUACAAGCGGGCGUGUUUGCCGUCUACGGGACGGAUAACACCUGGUUGUUCGCCGCUAGGAAUGAGCGCGAGAAGCUCGAUUGGAUUUUGCGCAUCGAUCAAAGCUAUUACUCGGGGGCCAGCGGAAGCACAAGCGGUAGUGGUGCUGUGAGUCCGCAGCCCGGGAGCUACACCUUUAGCGAUGAUUGA